AAAAAGACGUGAAAAAAUGGUGGCGCAGUAGUGGGAGGCUAAUGAUGAAGCAGGUAUAAAGUGAGAGAGAGAGACGAGAGAGAGAGAGGGGGUAUAGAAGAAAGAGGUGAAGAAGGAAAAAGAAGGAGAAGGGGGGAAGGACUGGUUAGUUGUCUCUCGUAUUUCAACAGUGUCAGUUCGGAGUUCCAUCGGUAUUCGAGUGUCAGCAUCCCAGAAGGUCGACACAGAACAGACUCGUACCAAGACACAGAUACACACAACAACCUGUACGCACACGUAUCUAUCUAUCAAUCUAUCAAUCUAUCUAAAUACACUCGAUCGAUCGGAGGAAGAUAAAAGGAUAGAGAGAAGAGGGGAAGAAAAAAAACGUGAAGAGUAAGAAAAUAGCAAUAAAACAACACUACAGCAACAUCAACAAGUGCAAUAACUUCAGUCGACAAUGCCAAGUGUUGCAAAAGUUACAUCGUUGGAGAAUGUCUUUGUCAUCUUUGUGAUCGGUGGACCUGGCUGUGGCAAAGGAACCCAGUGUGCCAAAAUCGUAUCCAAAUAUGGAUUCACCCAUCUCUCAUCUGGAGACCUUCUCCGUGAAGAAGUGGCCUCUGGGUCUGCCAGGGGUAAAGAACUCUCUGCCAUCAUGGCAACAGGAAAGCUUGUGCCUAUGGAUACUGUACUUGAACUUAUCAGGGAAGCCAUGCUCAGCCGAGCUGCCACUUCCCGAGGAUUCCUCAUUGAUGGAUACCCAAGGGAACUUGAACAAGGAAAGCGUUUUGAAGCUGAGGUUUCCAAGUGCAAAUUUGUGCUGAAUUUUGAUGUAUCCGAUGAAACAAUGAAAGCUCGGUUACUUGACCGUGCCAAGACCAGUGGUCGAGUCGAUGAUAAUGAAGAGACAAUCAAUAAACGGUUGGUGACAUUCCAUGAACAUACCACUCCAGUUCUUGACUACUAUGCCAUGAACAACAAAUUACAAACGAUCAAAGCUGAAGGUAGCCCCGAAGAGGUAUUUUACCAAGUGGAGAUGGUCUUCAAGGAGUGCUGCCCUAAAUUGAAACCUUGCUUGGAUGAAUGCAAAGUCAUCUUUGUUGUGGGUGGUCCAGGUAGUGGUAAAGGAACCAUGUGUGCCAAACUGGUACAGCAUUAUGGCUUCUGUCACCUGUCAUCUGGGGACAUGCUUCGUGAAGAAGUUGCAUCCGGCUCAGCCAGGGGCAAGGAACUCAAUGAGACUAUGCAGAAAGGUGAACUUGUGCCAAUGACAGUGGUUUUACAGCUUCUUAGAGAAGCUCUGGUCAGUAGGUCAUCUUACACCAAAUGUUUCCUCAUUGAUGGUUACCCUCGGGAGUUGCAGCAGGGUUUGAAAUUUGAGAAUGAGAUUACCGAGUGUGCCGCCGUGCUUAACUUCACUGCUCCAGAUGAUGUGUUGGUGGCACGUCUGUUGGACCGAGGUAAAACCAGUGGUCGUGAUGAUGACAACAAAGAAACCAUUAUGAAGAGACUUGUGACCUUUCACGAAAUCACCCAACCUGUUAUAGAUCACUAUCAAGGCCAAAAUAAAGUUAUUAAUAUUGAUUCUAACAACACAGUGGAUAAAGUGUUUGUACAAGCCAAGGAAGCUAUGAAACGUUUUGCUUCAUGAGUCUUAACAACAGCAUCAAUGAUAUCAAGAUUUAUUUCUCUUAAAACUAUUGCAUACCUUUUCUGUUAAUUAUCACGAAUACUUAUUAUUAUUAUUACUAUUAUUUAUUAUUAUUAUUAUUAUUAUAUUAUUAUUAUUAUUAUUAUUAUUAUUAUUACUAUUAUUGUUAUUAUUAUAUUAUUGUUAUUAUUGUUGUUGUUGUUGUUGUUGUUGUAACAAAUAUUGUUAUUAUUGCCAAUUUUUUAUAAUUCGUUAUUGUUAAUAUAAAUACUAAAUUAGAACGUUAUUGUUACUGUCUCCGGUGAAGGUAGAUGAAAAAAUAUUCAAAUUUG